CAGAUUUAGUAUAUAAGCGCUCCGGAUACCUCUCCAAAGCAUCACUUCUUGCAGUUUGGUCGGUUUAUACACACACACAAACGAAUCCGCCAUGAACGUUUUGGCCGUAACAAUCUUGGCUGCUGUCGCCACCCUCAGUGCUGCUUUCCCAGGAGGACACGGAGGCGGCCAUGGAUACAUCGGUGGCCCUGCAUUCGAUGGCGGAUGUGGUCCACAUGGAGGUGACGGUGCUGGUGGCGCCGGAUGCGGUGGAGGAUUUGGAGGCGGUGCCGGGGGCGGUUUUGCCGUCGGCGGCGCCGGAGGCGGCUUUUACGGAAGCGAAGCUGCCGGUCCCACCUACGUCCAAGGGCCCGCUGCUGGAGGCAAGACCCUGUUAGGACCCGCUGAAGGCCCCAACAACAUCCAGGGAGCCUCCCAAGGACCAACCAACCUUGCCGGACCCCAACAAGGACCUGCCAGCAUCGUCGGACCCAGCCAGGGAACCGCCAGCGUGAUUGGACCCACUAACGGAGGUGCUCAUAUCGUCGGAGCUGCCCAAGCCCCCAUCACUUACUCUGAAGGAGUCGCUGUUUCUACCGGAGGAUUGGGAGGUGGUGCCGGAGGCGCUGGAGGUUUCGGAGGUGGAUUAGGAGGUGGUCAUGGAGGCGCUGGACUCGGUGGUGGAUACGGAGGCUACGGAGGCCACGGAGGAUACGGAGGUUCAUCAGCAGGUCACAUUAGCUACGAUGGCGGAGUACUCAAAGGGCCCAUCACCGUCCCAGUGGUAAUCAAAGGUUCUUCUGGCAAAAUCGUAGCUGAUGGCCUUUACGGACUCCCCGAUGGACACUACUAGACCGACCAUAGGCAAACCAAUUCUUUCAGUAUUACGACUUUACUUAUUCGUUGUUAGUCUCUAUUUUUCGCGUAGCCUUAUUUACCUAAGAUCGUCACAACACACACAUUUACGUUAAUUUCGUCGUCAUCAUUAUUUCUCCUUGGCUCUCUCAUUUUCAUGUUUCGUGCUCAAAAAAACGGUUCGCUUGUAGGCACUCGCUGUUUUAGAGCUUGAGCAGUUCACGUCGAACAUGCUUUUUUUGAGCAUUACCUGUGAU